UGCCGCGUCACGCUGAUUUGCUGCAGAGAAAAACUCAGCAUCGUCAAAGUCCCGCUGACAGACCUUCAUCUGGCUCAGAGGAGGGAGGACACACACACACACACACAGAGGCAUCAGCUGUGGACCUGUGGAGCUGUAGAGUCUGCUGGGAUUCAUUUCUGAAGCAAAUGCAGAGAAAUAAUUGAAAGGAUCCUGAACUUCACUCCAGACAUUUACUAACAAGCAAUGCUCUGUUUAAGAGAUUCUACAGACUGCCUCCGGGACCAAAUGCAGUACAUGAUGCGAUCAUUGCAGGACCUGAAGCAGAUAGGCAGGCCGAGGCCACUGAGUGAACCAUGUGUUCGGUCCUUCGCUGCAACACGGCUCUGCAAACAGAGGGCACAGCAGGAGCGACUCACUCGACUACGUGUUUCUGACGCCAGUGAUGCCAGCACAUAUGAUUCUGCCUGCUGCUUGGCCAGCCCUUUGGAAGAGGACGAGGAGCAGCAGGAGCAUGAACGACUGGCACGAGGCUCCCCCGGCAGUGAAAAGAGUGUGGACUUUGACUCGGGUUACUCUGAGGCUUCUUGGCAAGAUGAAGGUGUGGUGCUGAGGAGGACCAGGAACGUGCGAGUCUCCUCUUCUGCCUGCCUCCGCACAAACAGAGGACCUUCUUGCCGUAUCCGUCCCAAAUCGACCUCGGACGCUUGCCUGGAGCGCUGGACCUCAUUUGAGGCCAGUGACCCAGAGGACUGGACAACAUCGCUGCUGAGCCGCAGCAGGAACAGACAGCCUCUGGUUCUGGGGGACAACAGCUUCGCUGACCUUAUAAAGAACUGGAUGGACCUACCAGAGUGUCCUGAGCCAACGCAACUCAAGCCCAGUGGCGGCCGGCGCCUUGCCAAAGACAUUUUGGUCAACAUGCGCAAGAGACUGGCUGGGAUGUCUAAAAGUGUGGAGGUGAGGCCAAGGCCUGCAGACUCCACACGGGUCAGCAGGGCUGCAGGGGCUCCCAAACGGCUGUCCUGUCCUGUGGGAUUCCAGGCUCUCAAACCUUUCUUUCACCAGUCCCACACAGGACUGCAUCAACUGGACACUGACUUCUACCAGUUCACCGCUCUCAUGAAGACUGGCAGCCGACAACCCAUCAUAUGCAAUGACAUCAUUGGAUACAUUUGAAAAAAAGGCUGUAACUACGGACUGACCCCUUUAACAGAAAUUAAAAUAAGAUGGUUCUAUUUUCAUAUUUGGAGUUUGUCCAUAGUGUUGAUACA